CUUCCACUUGCACAGUAUUUCGAGCCAGAUCAUAUGCCAUUUCCCCCCCCCCCUCCCAAUCUCUACAACUAGGUGUAUUGAGGAGAGCGUGCAGUUUCGACACUGCCAAAAAUACAGUCUAACAUGAUGUAAAUCGGGAUCAUCGGGCCUGUGUCCAUAAUUAUACUCACUGGCACGACCCUAUCAAGUAUUACUCUUCACCCUCAAAUUUUCACCAUAUGUCGCUUUCAUCCUUAGGUCCCUUCAAAGCCCUUGCUUGCCAUGUGGAGAAUUAACAUCGGCGGCAAUGAGCAGUACACGUAAAAUAUCGUGUUCUAUCUGUUGAUCUGGAGAAAUGUGACCAGUGGAAUUCUCGCCAGCUAUCAAUACAUAAAUAUACAAUUUGAAUUCCCUUGCCUUUGUCAUUUUCAACCAUGACCCCCGCUAAUAAUACUGCCAACGACACGACCAAUUAUGAUGAGACAUGUCCACUCCUCCGUACUACUUCCAAUGUUCACAACGCCGAAGCUCAGAUCGCUGAGAAACCCAAGUCUACUCCUCUACCAAAGGCUCAACUCGCUGCACUCUGCAUCGUUCGUCUAGUCGAACCCAUAACGUUCACUCAGCUCUUUCCAUAUGUCAACGAGUUCAUGAGCGAUCUUCAUCUCACAGAUGACCCAUCAAAAAUAGGCUUCUAUAGCGGGUUGGUUGAGAGCGCUUUUGCUAUAUCUCAAUUGUGUUCCAUCUACCAGUGGGCUAGGUUAUCAGAUGUUAUCGGACGACGUCCUGUCAUAUUUCUCGGCAUAAUUGGGCUUGCCAUCACCACGCUCAUGUUUGGUUUAUCCAAAUCGCUGGCAAGUGUCUUAGUGGCGCGUUGCUUGGGUGGACUAUUUUCGGGAAAUAUCGCUGUCAUCCAUUCGGUUCUAGGAGAAAUUACCGAUUCCACAAACCAGAUGGUGGCUUUCCCCAUAUACGGCCUGGCCUGGCCUAUUGGCUCAAUCAUCGGACCACUUAUGGGUGGAGCGUUCUCUCACCCGGCCUCGAAAUAUCCCGAAAUAUUAGGAUACCAGUUCCUCAAGGAUUAUCCCUAUUUCCUGCCAUGCUUCAUUGCAUCCACGUUCGCUAUUAUCGGUAUUUUCCUUGGAUUCAUUUUCCUUGAAGAGACUCUGCCCAGCAAGCGCAACGGCAAGAAAAGCAUUUCUCCUAAUGCAAGUACCAAUGGUGAUAGCGUCACGACUGCACCAGCUCUUCCUGAGAAGCCUCUCAGUGUUUCAAAAUUAUUGUCGGUACCAAUCAUAUCCGCUUUGGCACUAUCUGGCUUUAUGCUAAGCUAUAUUGGAACAUCCUUCGACGUUGUAUUUGUCUUGUUCUGCUACUCGCCAAUUAAAUCCGGCGGUCUGGCGUUCUCAGCAUCACAAAUCGGAUACUCUCUUGCCAUCGCGGGUGCUAUCGGUGCUGCCAUCCAACUUUGUAUCAUGUCCUAUCUCCUUCGAACGUUUGACCCUGCGAAGAUCUAUUGCUUCUGCAUGAGCUUAUGGCCUUAUACCUUCCUCGUCUUGCCUGUUUUGAACCUUAUCGCUCGUGCUGGCUUGGACGAGACCACCGGCGAACUUGGAACGACCGCUGUUGCUUUUCUAUGGGUUGGUAUCGCCUUCGUCCUCCUGUUGACCAAGGCCGCUUGCGUUGCCUAUGGCAUUAGCAUGAUCCUUACCAAGGAGAACGCUCCGAAUGCCGCAUCGCUGGGGCAGUCCAAUGGCUUGGUUCAGUUUACGAUGUGUUUCGCGAGAUCAUUCGCUCCCUUUGUAGUCAGUGCUUUGUUCGCAACCUCCUUAGAGUACAACUUGUUGGGCGGAUACCUGUGGCUUGUCACUAUGAUCAUGAUUUCGUUCCUGGGCAUGACGACAUCGCGCAAGAUCAAGCAGAACAGUGUGAAGACGAUAGGUUGAUUGGUCUAUGUCCAACAAAAGACCUACCGCGAUAGGUGGUGGGCAAUCACAUUCUAUAUUCCCAAGGCAUUACAUAUCACGACACCAUCAUGACUACCCAUAUCCAUUUCAAUCUUUGUUCAUAUACGCAUCUCUCGUCGCUGUUAUCUACCAGUUAUGUUAUUUUUUUCUUUUCUGAUAAGAACAUCUCCAUACC